UGAGUUUGAUGCAAAAGAUGAACGAUAUCGCGCAUUGCAAGAUGCCAAACAAGCAAGAAAUCUUUGGCCAACAUGGUGGAAAGGACAUUUUCGUGUUGGAAAAGUCCAUGCUGCUUUAGAUGAACAUGAAAAAGCAAUCAAGUCAUUCGAACGAGCAUUUGCUCUUGAUCCUACAAAAACUGAGAUUCAAGCAGCAUUGGAUGAAAGUCGUAUAGUGUUACAUCGACAAUCGCAAGUAGAUUAUCUAGAUCCAAGACUGUACACGAAAACAAUUCGUGAAGUUUUGAAUGAACUACAACAAAAAUUUGGUACAGAUCCAGAAACGGUACGAAAUUAUCAUCGUUUGAUCGAGGAAAAUGAUCCAUCAGGAGCUGACGUAUGGAAAGGACAUCAAUAUGAACUUGGAGAUGUUGAUGUUGAACAAGACUAUGAACAAGCUGCGAAAUAUUUUGCUAAAGCAGCAAGUCAGGGCAACGCCGAAGGAAUGUAUAAUCUAGCUCGAUUAACUGAUCGUGGUUUAGGUGUAAAGAAAGACCAUAGUUUGGCUCUCAGACUACUUGAGCAAGCAGCCGAGCAACCGCUAGAACAUUCGAUACUUAAAGGCUGUCCAAAUGUUGGUGUGGCCGAAGCUGAACACGCUUUAGGCGUAAGAUAUUUCGAAGGCAUCAGUGUUCGCAAAAAUCUAUCGGUAGCUGUCUACUGGUAUCAACGUGCCACUGAUCAUGGUAGUGCUAUGGCUGCCAACAAUUUAGGUUCAAUGUAUCUGGAUGGCCUUGCGGUUGAUAAAAAUCUCAAAAAAGGAGAGGAAUUAUUGGCAUUGGCAGCGAGAAGAGAAGAUCCUGUUGCUAUGUUGACUUUGGCAGAGAUUCUGCUCAAUAAAAAUGAUUUUCAAAUGGCAAAAAUUUGGUACGAUCGAGCAUGCGAAUCUGGCAAUGUUGUAGCUCAACAGAAUCGUGAUGAGUUCACACAAAAAUUAGAAGCACUACAACAACGUUCAUCGAUUGAAUUGGACGGGAUUAAGACAGUGAACAACUACAUUAACUUAUUGCAAGCGAAAAUUAGCCCGUCAGUAGUGUCUGAAUGUUCAUAUAUGAAAGAUUAUAACACGCUCAAGGAAUAUGCCAAUCGUGGUUCAAUAAUAGCUCGACAACUUUGCGCUGCUUUAGAUCAUUUUGCAAAAGCAUUAAACAUGCUGUUGCAUUAUGAUAGUUUCACCGAAGAACAAGAAGAGACAUUUAUUCAUGAACUUUCACAGUGUUAUCGUAUUGAAACUAUUGUCGCUCAGAUUCCAUGUGCAAUGAAUAAAAGAGUCAGCGAAGUAAUUAAGCAAGUACUUGACCGAUGUAUUAUAGAAUCGAAGUCUGUCGCUUCGCAAAUCGAUGAAGAUGUUCGAUUAUGUUAUGCUGCAUUACAUCUGAAUUCAGAUCAAUUAAUCGAUCAAUUUCUUGGCCCAUGUAAACAAAAGUAUCCCAAAUCAAUCUAUUUCUUCCUAAUAAGUGGGGUAGCGAAUGGAUUUCUACGUCGUCCUGAAGACGGUUUGUAUAAUAUUAACUGUGGACUCGAGAUAGAGCCGGACAAUUACGAACUUUUGUAUCAUAGAGCUGUUCUGUUGCGUCACAUAAGGAACGAUAUGGAUGAAGCAAUCAAAGCCUAUCAAACAUUUCUCAGAGUUGCUCCAAAAGAUCAUCGCAAAAUUCCUGAAGCAUAUUAUGAAAUGGCUAUCUGCUAUAUGCACGGAUACACACUUGAUGUUGCAAUGGAUGCGAUCAUCAAACUAUAUAGGGAAGGCAAAGAGGCAGAGAAGCUACAAUUACCAUGUUUUUUACCUUAUAAAUCGGAAAAUAUUGCAUUUAUAAAGCCUCUGGUUGAUAUGAUGGGACUUGAACAAAAUACAGAAUCAGUUCCUGUGAAUAAACGUAAACAACGUCUUACUGAUCCUCAUAAAGUGGAAGUUAUUCAAAAGCAUCGCGAAUGGGAGGGUAAAACAUUACAAGAAAAGUAUAAUCGAGGUCAUACGGUUAUCUCAACCAGUAUCAAACCGCGAAUUAAACAGCAAACAGCCAACUCAUUAGUUGGUUUGAAACUAAUUACAUUGAGAGAAUUGAAUCCAACAAAAGAUCAAGUUUAUAAUGGGUAUGUGCUUACUGUAACCAUUAUUGAAGAAGCAUACUCAUGGACUCCAUCAAUUCAUCUGGUAAUCGAAGAUGAAAAUUUUGAUUGUGAGCGAAUGCUCAUUUAUGGUUUUCCUGAAGAACAUGGUGAAUACUUAAUCGGUAAAAUGUACACUAUUGGAAGUAAAAUGCAUGUUAUCAAUCCAUAUUUACGAAUAGGAGCAGCUGAUAGGAAACCAACAGUUCGUGUUGAUGACUUUUCUUCUAUUGUAAUGCAAAGUGAAUCUGAACGGAUAUUGAAUAUGUGUCGAUGUUGUUACAAAGCAAAUGCAUCAAAGGUGGCGACUUUAACGCAACAUCUUCUCAAUGGAUCUGGUUUAUGUCGUGAACGUUGUCGUUGUGCUUAUCUUGAAUCAUCUCGUUUAACACCAACGCGUAUUUUGGCACCAAUUGUUGAAUUAUCCUGCUCUACUCGACAAUAG